CCAUGGGUGAAUUGAGUAGCUCAUCGGGGUCACUGCCGGUCCCAAGCCCGGAUAAAGGAGGAGGGUUCACAAGUGAGGCUAGCAACCUACUUGUGGUAAAAACAAUUAAUGCUCCUAGGACUAACAAUGUUGCCUCGGACAGGAUUGAUCAAUCGGAUAACGACAUGGCGAGAAAGAGGAGAAAACGAUUAAGGAAACUGAAUAUAUUGCGGAUAGGAUGCUGGAAUGUGACAUCUUUUAACAAGAAGGAUCAAGAGAUAUUGAUAGAGAUCAAAAGACACAAAGUUGACAUAUGUGCUCUUUCGGAAACAAAAAAGAAAGGUAAAGGCAACAUCAAAUACGAAGACUACAUUUUCAUAUAUAGCGGGAAAGGAAAGCACGAAAGAGCUACAUCGGGAGUCGGCUUGAUGGUACAUGGAAAACUCGAAGCGAACAUAGAAAAUGUCAUAUAUGUCAAUGACAGGAUACUGCAGGCAAUAUUUAAAUUUCAGGACACGAGUAUUACCCAUAUUAUAAGCGUAUAUGCACCGGAUAUAUCUAAGCCCUCAGAAGAGAAAGAUGCCUUCUAUGAAGACCUGCAAAGGGUACUCGACGGAAUACCAGGAAAGGACGAAAUCAUGCUGCUCGGAGACUUCAACGCUAGAGUUGGUAACGGUGUGAUAAGAGGACUGAAAAACCGAUUCAACGAAGAAAACAUCAAUGAAAAUGGAGAACAACUAAUUCAAACAUGCGCACAAAAUGAAUUAAGAAUAAAUAACACAUUCUUCCCACACAAACCGCAGCACAGCUUCACGUUCGAAAACUCAAGAGGUCAAAAAUCAGUAAUAGAUUAUGUGAUAACUAACAAAAACGUCCAUCCAUCGAAAAUACUCGACGUGAGAGUCUUGAGCUCAGCUAACACCAUAACCAACCACAACCUCGUCCUAGCGAAAAUCAGGAACAAAGUACAAAGAGAGCGUAGAACCCAAGCCAUUCAAACUGAAAAGCUUAACAUUGAAUCGCUGUCAAAUGAUUCAACAAAAGAUCUAUAUCAGAGGAGACUAGCACUACAGAUAAACAACAACAAGAUCAGGGAAGCUGAUGACGUCGAAUCCGCUUGGAAAAAACUGAGGACGAACAUCAUCACAGCCGCAGAAGAAGCCCUGGGACGAAGGAGAACCACUUCAAACGGUAAAAGACAGACGAAACCCUGGUUUACAGAGGAUGUGAAAACGCUAGCUGAAGAAAAACGCACCGCAUACCUUCAGUUCAGAAGUAAGAAGCUAACAUGCGAAGGGUAUAAAUUAGUACGAAAUAGGGUAAACGAGCAAAUACAGGCAAUAAAACGAAGCUUCUGGGAAAAAUUCUCUUCGGACAUGGAGCAUGAUCUGUAUGGAGCACAAAAGAAGGUAUGGAACAUGCUAAGAAAUAGGAAAAAGCCAGUUAACGAACAUAUACAAAUGACAAGGAUAUCAUCGGACACUUGGGAAAAACACUUUCAUCAAUUAUAUGGCAAAACCAACAAAGUGGUAUGUGAGUAUGGGGAUGUGGAAGAACAUGGGAAUUGGUCAAUAUCCCAAGAGAAAAUACGUCAAACACUCAAUGCACUAAAAAAAUAGAAAAUCACCUGGUUUGGACGAGAUAACCAUAUGGCAAAACCAACAAAGUGGUAUGUGAGUAUGGGGAUGUGGAAGAACAUGGGAAUUGGUCAAUAUCCCAAGAGAAAAUAUAUCAAACACUCAAUGCACUAAA